AUCAUCUUUUCUUAGAUCCCAUCGCAGAACCCACGACAGAGUCAACUCGCCCGCUCCGGAGGCAGAAACCGGGGUCGUGUUGCUCCGGGAGAGGAAGAAAAAUGCCUUUAUCCUCUUAUCUUAGUAACGCCCGCCGUGGCGGAGGAUGGAACAAUGCAUUACUCCCCUCAACCACCGGUAAAUCACCAUCGUCUAAGCUCCCCGCCCGGAAACGCAAACGAACGGCUCUCAUCAACUUUUUGUUGACCAACUUCUUCACGAUCGCGCUCUGUCUAUCCCUUCUCUUCUUCAUCCUCACCCUCUUCUACUUCGGUGUGCCCAAGCCGAUUUCCUCCCAACCCAAAUCCCGACCCCCCAAGAAAUUCACCUCCCGGAAGCCUAUUAUUCGGAGACCCACGAAUGAUUCACUCCAACAUGGUGCUGUUGUGGACAUUACUACCAAGGAUUUGUAUGAUAAGAUUGAGUUUCUGGACAAAGAUGGGGGUGCGUGGAAGCAGGGAUGGGAUGUCACCUAUAGAGGGAGCGAGUGGGAUAGUGAGAAGUUGAAGGUGUUUGUGGUGCCUCACUCGCAUAAUGAUCCUGGGUGGAAGCUUACUGUCGAGGAGUAUUAUGAGAAGCAAUCAAGAUUUAUACUUGACACCAUUGUGGAGUCCCUGUCUAAGGAUUCUAGGCGGAAGUUUAUAUGGGAAGAGAUGUCAUAUCUUGAGAGGUGGUGGAGAGAUGCCUCAGAGGAUAAAAGGGAAUCUCUAACCAAUUUGGUGAAAAAUGGCCAGUUAGAAAUUGUCGGAGGUGGUUGGGUAAUGAAUGAUGAGGCCAAUUCACACUAUUUUGCCAUAAUUGAGCAGAUUACAGAGGGCAAUCUAUGGCUGAGUGACACUAUUGGAUAUAUUCCUAAAAAUUCUUGGGCAAUAGAUCCUUUUGGCUACUCACCUACCAUGGCUUAUCUUCUCCGUCGUAUGGGAUUUGAGAAUAUGCUUAUUCAGAGGACCCAUUAUGAGCUGAAGAAGGAACUUGCUUGGCAUAAAAAUUUGGAAUACAUUUGGCGGCAGAGCUGGGAUGCUGAAGAAACUACUGAUAUUUUUGUCCACAUGAUGCCAUUCUAUUCAUAUGAUAUCCCACAUACCUGUGGUCCAGAGCCUGCUAUUUGUUGUCAGUUUGACUUUGCUCGGGUGCAUGGCUUUACAUAUGAACUCUGCCCAUGGGGUCAACAUCCUGUUGAAACUACCCAGGAAAAUGUCAAGGAGAGGGCACUGAAACUACUAGAUCAGUAUAGGAAAAAAUCAACACUAUAUCGGACAAAUACACUUAUUGUACCUCUUGGGGAUGAUUUCCGCUACAUCAGCAUUGAUGAAGCAGAAGCCCAGUUCAGGAAUUAUCAAUUGAUAUUUGAUUAUAUCAAUUCAAGCCCAAGCUUAAAUGCAGAGGCAAAGUUCGGUACUUUGGAUGACUACUUCAGAGCCCUUCGGGAGGAGACUGAGAGAAUAAACUAUUCACGUCCUGGUGAGGUUGGCUCUGUUCAGGUUGGAGGUUUUCCUUCUCUGUCAGGUGACUUCUUUACUUAUGCUGACAGGCAACAGGAUUACUGGAGUGGCUAUUAUGUGUCAAGGCCUUUCUUCAAAGGUGUUGAUCGUGUGCUAGAGCAAACUCUUCGUGCAUCAGAAAUGUUAAUGGCUUUGUUGCUUGGUUAUUGUCAGAGAGCACAAUGUGAAAAGUUGCCCACAGGAUUCGCCUACAAGUUGACAGCUGCAAGGAGGAAUUUAGCUCUUUUCCAACAUCACGAUGGGGUGACUGGUACUGCUAAGGAUCAUGUUGUUCGAGACUAUGGAACUCGGAUGCACACUUCUCUACAGGACCUGCAGAUUUUCAUGUCUAAAGCUAUUGAGGUACUGCUUGGAAUUCGUCAUGAAAAGUCAGAUCAGAGCCCAGCUCAGUUCGAACCAGAGCAGCUUAGAUCUAAAUAUGAUGCUCAGCCACUGCAUAGAACAGUCAAUGCUCGUGAAGGAACUGCACAAUCUGUGGUCCUUUUUAAUCCUUUAGAGCAAAUGAGAGAAGAGGUUGUCAUGGUUAUUGUUAACAGGACAGAUGUUACUGUUCUUGACUCAAAUUGGACUUGUGUUCAAAGCCAGGUUUCUCCUGAAGUGCAGCAUGAUAAAAGCAAGAUUUUUACGGGCAGGCAUCGUAUCCACUGGAAAGCUUCUGUCCCUGCCAUGGGCUUGCAGACAUAUUAUAUUGCACAUGGGUUUGUUGGAUGUGAGAAGGCCAAACCAGUGAAACUCAAAUUCUUCUCAAAUUCCGGCUCAAUUCCCUGCCCAACGCCAUAUGCUUGCUCAAAAUUAGAAGGUGAUGUUGCUGAAAUCCGGAAUCAACAUCAAAUUCUCACCUUCAGUCUCAAGCAUGGGUUAUUGCAGAAAAUAAGCCAUAAAAGCAGUCUUGAAAAUACUGUGGGUGAAGAAAUAGGUAUGUACUCUACUUCAGGAAGUGGAGCCUAUCUAUUCAAACCCAGUGGUGAGGCUCAGCCAAUCAUUGAAUCUAGUGGGCAUAUUGUGAUCUCUGAGGGCCCCUUGAUGCAGGAGGUAUACUCGUAUCCAGGGACAGCAUGGGAGGAAACACCUAUCUCUCAUAGUACUCGUAUUUACAAUGGAGGGAAUACCAUACAGGAGUUUGUGAUUGAGAAGGAAUAUCAUGUUGAGCUUAUUGGCCAGAAUUUUAAUGACAGGGAACUGAUUGUUAGAUUCAAGACAGACAUUGAUAAUAGCAGAAUUUUCUACUCUGAUUUGAAUGGUUUUCAGAUGAGCAGAAGAGAAACAUAUGAUAAGAUCCCAUUGCAGGGAAAUUACUACCCUAUGCCCUCUUUAGCAUUCAUGCAAGGGUCAAAUGGCAGGCGGUUUUCUGUUCAUUCCCGACAGUCAUUGGGUGCUGCAAGCCUUAAAGAUGGGUGGCUAGAAAUCAUGCUUGAUCGUCGUCUGGUAAGCGAUGAUGGACGUGGCCUUGGGCAAGGAGUAAUGGACAAUCGUGUGAUGAAUGUAGUUUUUCACAUCUUGGUGGAAUCAAACGUAUCUUCCACUUCAAAUCCAGUUUCUAACUCACCUCCCCCAAGUCCCUCUCUUUUAUCCCAUUGUGUUGGUGCUCAUUUGAACUAUCCAUUACAUGCAUUCAUUGCCAAGAAACCGCAGGAAGUAUCUGUCCAGCCACCCCCCAGAUCCUUCUCUCCUCUGGCUGCUUCCUUACCAUGUGAUCUGCAUAUUGUGAAUUUCAAAGUUCCACGGCCAUCAAAGUAUUCUCAGCAGCAGCUUGAAGAUCCUAGGUUUGUUCUAAUCUUGCAUAGGCGACAUUGGGAUGCUUCUUACUGUCGCAAGGCCAAAUCACGGUGCACAACUCUUGCUGAUGAGCCUGUAAAUCUCUUCAACAUGUUUAAGGGUCUUGCGGUACUGAAUGUGAGAGCUACUUCCUUAAAUCUUCUCCAUGAAGACACAGAGAUGCUAGGGUAUGCCGAGCAGUUUGGAGAUAUUGCCCAGGAGGGACUUGUUAUGAUCCCUCCCAUGGAAAUACAGGCGUACAAGUUGGAAUUGCGGCCACACUAGUAAAUCCUAAGUUCUUCUGGUUUGAUUACAUUUUUACCUACUGAUGCUUGAGGAGCUUGUAGCAAAACAGACCGUUGAGUGUUUCACAGUUUUGCCAUAUAAAGAAUUAGACUUAAUUGACUUUGUGCUGCCAUCUCACGAAAUCUCUCCGGCCAAGUUGGGCACUUGGGUGUAGCAUGGUUGAUGCAAGUGGCAUUGCAGAAAUGGAAUCGUCAACGGGUAGAACAAUUAAAAGAAUAUUGGGACACUAAUUUGUGUACAAUCAAUAUAUGCAUAAUGAAUUUUACCUCACUUUUAGUCCGAAAAGAAAAACAAUAUAUGUUACAUGUUGAAUGAGAACUUCUGUAUAUUGUUUGAAUGAAAAGAUUAUCAUGCA